UCUCUCUCGUCUCGCUCUUGUGUUUGUCAGAAAGCCGAUCAGGGCUUCGCGGGAAAAAGGAAAACAAUAAAUAGAAAAUCUUGAUUCAUAGCGUCUUGGGGCUAAGUUCAGAGCUCGAUACCAUCAGAUUUUGAGGAAAAAGUGAGGUACAGAGAGAGAGCGAAGAAUGGGAAGACCGAAGGGAGAGGGAGCGAGGAGCAAGAACCGUCCUUCGAGCAGCAGCCUCGCUGCCUCGCUUUUACCUACGGGAGCAACUUCCGUCGGAUUCGGCGGCUAUGUUGGAAGUUCUCGGCUUGAUUCUACUCAUAUAAGCGAAGACGCCAAUCCUUUUCCGGAUGUGGAUGGUGAAGUGGCGUUACACUUAAAGAGGCUAGGCAGAAAGGAUCCGACAACAAAGCUUAAGGCUUUGACAUCUCUAUGUGAACUUUUUAAGCAAAAAUCUGGCGAGGAAGUUGCACAGAUUAUCCCACAAUGGGCAUUUGAAUACAAGAGGCUCUUGCAGGACUACAAUAGAGAGGUUCGGCGAGCUACUAAUGAGACCAUGACUAGUCUUGUCAUCACUGUUGGGAGAGGGUUAGCUCCACAUUUGAAGUCCUUGAUGGGACCAUGGUGGUUUUCCCAAUUUGAUCCAGUUCCCGAAGUUUCUCAGUCUGCAAGGCAAUCAUUACAGGCAGCUUUUCCAGCGCAAGAUAAGAGACUCGAUGCUUUGAUUUUAUGUACGAAUGAGAUAUUUCUUUAUUUGGAAGAGAACUUAAAGCUCACUCCACAGACUAUGUCUGAUAAAGCUGCUCCAUUGGACGAACUUGAAGAAACACAUCAGCAGGUGGUCUCUUCGUCAUUAUUGGCAUUAGCCACACUUAUUGAUAUCCUGUUUGGAACACAAUUACGGAGACCAGGUUUUGACAACAUUACUGCUGAACCAAAAAAUGCGUCAAAGGCUAGGGAAACUGCUAUUUCUUCUGCUGGAAAGAUAUUCUCCACCCAUAAAUAUUUUGUGGACUUUCUCAAAUCUCAAAGCCCUGGCAUUCGUUCAGCUACAUAUUCAAUAUUGGGGAGUUUUAUCAGACAUGUUCCUCAUGCUUUCAAUCAAGAAACUAUUAAGACUUUAUCCGUCACAAUACUUGGUGCUUUCCAAGAAAAGGAUCCAGCGUGCCAUUCUCCUAUGUGGGAGACAGUUUUGCUUUUUUCUAAAAAAUUUUCCGACAGUUGGACUAAUGCCAAUAUUCAAAAGACUGUAUUAAAUCGAUUUUGGAUUUUCUUGAGGAAUGGCUGCUAUGGGUCACAGCAAGUUUCUUAUCCAAAUUUAAUUCACUUCUUAGAUACCAUACCUCCUAAGGCAAUAAUUGGAGAGCAGUUUCUGCUAAACUUCUUCCAGAAUCUAUGGGCUGGAAGGAACCAAUCCUAUCCCUCAUCUCUAGAUCGAUUGGCAUUCUUCAAGGCAUUUCAAGAAUGUUUUCUUUGGAGUGUACAUAAUGCAUCAAGAUAUUGUAAUGGAGUGGAUGCUAUUUCUCAGUUCCGGGUCAGUCUUAUGGAGAAUAUCCUUCUCCUGCUUUUGUGGCAUGACUACCUUUUGUUAGUCAACCCAAAGAGUCAGGGUUCUGUCUUCUCUGACAAUGGCAAGUUCAAUGGUGGCUCAUCUGAGGAUAGCAUUCAAUCUUCAGGAGAAAGGACUAAGGAACGCAGGUAUCCCAUGAGUGAUAUGCAAGAAUUAGGGAAAUGCAUUAUUGGAAUUCUGUCAGAUCUUUCUACAAAGGAAGGCAAUUUGCUCAGCACCUUUUGUGCGAAGUUUCAAGAGGAUUGUCUGGAGAUGCUUCGGCAAGAAGAGCACUUACAGAAAUCCUCUGAACAUAUUGAACAGGUUGUGAACUUUUUCUCCUUACUGGGGAAUGAGGCAGUGCAGAAAGGUGAAAAAUGGCCAUUGGAUUAUUUGGCUGGGCCAUUGAUGGCAAAAUCUUUUCCACUGAUUAGAUCUAUGCAGGACUCACCGGAGGCUGUCAGGCUUUUAUCUAUUAUGGCUUCAAUUUUUGGACCGCAAGAAGUAGGGUCACAGCUCUUUGUUAGUGAAACAAGGGAUUCCAGCAUUCAUCUUUCUGGUGAUGGUGACCAUGAAUCAAGAACAAAGCAUUUUUUGCAGGUCUUCAAGGAAGAUGUUGUCCCUUGGUGUUUAAGAAGAAAUAAUCGCUCUAUGAGUGCAUGUUUAGAUCUCCUACUUGCCUUACUUGAUAAUGAAUGUUUUGUUGAACAAUGGUCCAGUAUUCUCACAUAUGCUACAAAGCUAGAAAACCCCAGCCCUGUGCCUGGUCCUGUGGACUUCGAUCAUGUUGCUGUUUUAGCAAUGCUCAUGGAGAAAAUAAGAAAGGAAAUAAGCAAGAGGAAGAGGAAGGUAGAACCUGAAUCUAAUAUUUGGCAAGGGUCUGACCUAGAACGAUGGAAACAUAAGUUAUUAGAUUCAGCUGCUGUUUCUGUUGCCUGUUGUUCUCCUCCCUUCACGACAUCCUAUGCUUGUUUUCUACGGUCUGUUCUUGGUGGUUCAGUGGAAGAUGAUAAGACUUCUUUUCUUUCCAGAGAUGCAACAGUCAGGAUAUUUGAGGAGGUCCUGAAAAAGAUUAUCAUAUUUCUGAUGAACUCCUCUUUUCCAUGGGCAAAACAUGCAAGUUCUUUAAUAUUAUUGACUGGAGAAAAAGAUACAUUGCCAAAAUGUGAAUCUUAUGACAACGCGCUUGAGAUGGCACAAUUCGCUCUUGAAGUUCUUGAGGGUAGUUUCUUUUGCUUAAAGACAUUUGAUGAGAAAUGUGAGCUUGUUUCAUGUAUUUCAGCUGCCAUAUUUAUUAUUGACUGGGAGUGUAGAAUGGCAGCACAGGUUACUUUAGAUGAGGGUUCAAUGAUAUCUGAGUAUGUAGGUGAUGGUGAAUCGAGGAAAAAGUUUCAUGUGAACAUUGAUUUUGGUGAAUCAAUUCAUGCUUUUCGUUGUAAGAUAAGUACUGAUUUCUGGAAUAGUCUAAGCAUGCACAACCUCAACAGGUUGGGAAGUAUUUUGAUUCAGACUAUCAGAUCUACCAUUAUGGAGACAGAUACCUCCUAUAUGGAGAAGAUCACACCUUUGUGCUGUCAAUGGAUGUUGGAGGUUCUUGAAUACCUCUGCUGGGACUGCACUCAGGAGCAAAACAUGCUAGACCAGCUGUUGGACGAAGGCUCAUACUGGCAGUCAUGGGUAUUGGCAACCCUAAGCAAUGUAUCAAGAUCAGCCACCUCUAAAUUGAAAAACGCAGUAGAUACUCAUACAUCUAGGCACCACCAGUUCGUUGCCUUUGUUGACAAGCUUAUUUCAGCUCUUGGAGUUAGUAAGGUCAUAGCUGGUUCUGUCCUGCAAACUGCUUCAUCUUCAGCAGCAGAAGCAGCGGGAGAACUGGUUCAGUCACAUUCUUAUUCUCGGGCAUGGCUUGCAGCUGAAAUGUUAUGCACUUGGAAGUGGCAAGGAGGCAAUGCUUUGGGUUCUUUCUUACCUUUAUUAAGUGACUAUGCAAAAAGUGAAAAAUCUGUUCCUGGCGAGAGCCUCUUAGAUUCGAUCGUCAACAUUUUACUUGGUGGGGCGUUACUUAAUGGAUACAGUGAUGAACUUAGCUUUUCCAAUAUAUGGCCCGCGUCGGAUGAUGAAAUAGAGAGCAUUCAGGAACCAUUCUUGAGAGCUCUCGUAUCUUUGCUUUCAACUCUAUUUAUCAAAGCUAAUGUAUGGGGAAAAGAGAAGGCCGUGUCGCUAUAUGAAUCCCUUGUAGAUAAACUUUUCAUUGGUAUGACAGUAAACAGAAUUUGUUUGAGGAUUCUUCCUUUCGUUAUGAACACUAUUAUUAAACAUUUACGCAGUAGAAGUAUAGAAUCUGAUGGAUCUUGUGAAGAUGCUCAACUUUAUUCAUUAAAGAAAAAUCAAAUACAAGGUACCAUGAAGGACUGGCUUCAAAGAGCACUUUUGUUGCCACCUUUAAUCACCUGGAAAGAAGGGCAAGAUGUGGAAGAGUGGGUGCAGCUGAUAAUAUCCUGCUAUCCUUUAAGUGAAAUUGGAGGCGUAGGAACAAUAAAAAUGGCAUUGCGGAGAGAUCUUAGCCAUUCGGAGGAAAAAAUGCUAUUAGAAUUAUUUCGCAAGCAAAGAUGUGAUGGUGAUGCCUCAAAUACAGCUAAUCAGUUAUCAGCAGUGCAGGUGAUACUAUCAAAGUUAAUAGUAGUCUCAGUUGCAUAUUGCUGGAAGAAUUUUGAUGUAGAUGAUUGGGACUUUGUAUUAUCUCAAGUACGGGGGUGGAUUGAAUCUGCAGUCCUAUUGAUGGAAGAAAUAGCUGAGAACAUAGAUAACCUUGUCACAAACACCACUGCCUCUGAUAACUCUGAAGUUACAGCAAAGAAACUGGAGAAAGCCAUUUGGAUUUCAGACCCAUAUAUUAUGACCAUUGCUAGGAAUGCCCUUUUUGCAUUCUCCCUAUUCUGUGGGCUUAUUGAACUCCAACAAGAAGAAAAUGCUGAGCUAAUUACCUCUUUGCAAAAUGAAAAAUGGGACAUUAUUAAAAAUAGGAUUCUUGAAGAUGUUCUGCGCUUAUUCUUUGCUACAGGCAUUGCAGAGGCAAUCGCAAGCUCUUGUUGUCCUGAGGGUGCUUCUAUUAUAGCUUCAACUCGACUUGCACAUCUUCAUUUCUGGGAGCUGGUUGCAUCAAAUGUUAUCAGUUCCUCUAAUCAUGUUAGAAAUGUGGCAGUAAAAUCCAUUGAACUUUGGGGUCUAAGUAAUGGGCCCAUUAGCUCCUUGUAUGCCAUCCUUUUCUCCUCCAAACCGACUUCUUCAUUACAGCUUGCUGCUUUCCUCAUUCUUACAACAGAACCCCUCUCACAUUUGGCUAUCACCAAAGAGGAUACUGCAAGCUGCUUGGGCUGUGAUAGUACGGACAAUCUGGACAUCAACCAAUCUCGUUUUGAUUCAUCUGCAGAAGAAACUGUCCAUUUCAGAGAGGAGAUCUCUUGCAUGAUAGAGAAAUCAUCAUAUGAAAUUCUUGAAAUGGAAUUGGUGGCACAACAUCGGGUAAAUGUCUUCAUUGCCUGGGCUUUGGUGGUGUCACACCUGCAUUCUUUACCAUCUUCAUCACCAGCAAAGGAGAGAAUAGUUCAAUGUAUACUUGAUUCUGCUGAUUCAAUCAUAUUACAUUGUAUUUUUCAGCACAUUCCUUGGAAGUUUGGCAUGGGCCAGAAUUGGAAGAAAGAUGUUCAGCUUCCAGCUGGAGUAUCAGAGGCAGCUACUGCAGCAGGACGUGCCAUCACAACCGGAUCUCUUCUGUUUGCAGUGGAAUCACUUUGGCCCAUUGGAACAGAACAAAUGGCAUCACUUGCUGGUGCAUUAUAUGGUUUGAUGCUUCGUGUUCUUCCUGCUUAUGUUCGAGACUUUUUUGCUGGAUUACGUGAUCGUUCUACAUCAUCUACAAUUGAGUCAUUCACAAAAUUAUGGUGCAGUCCUCCUCUGUUGGAGGAUGAAAUGUCGCAGAUCAAGAUGGCCAAUGUUGCUGAUGAGAAUUUCUCCAUUAGUGUGAACAAAACUGCCUUUGAGGUUGUUGCCACCUAUAAAAAGGAGGAGAGCGGAAUGGAUUUGGUUAUUCGUCUCCCAAUAUCUUAUCCCCUGCGGCCCGUGGAUGUUGACUGCACAAGUAGCCUUGGCAUUAGUGAGUCAAAGAAGAGGAAAUGGCUGAUGUCGUUGACGGCAUUUGUUCGUUAUCAGAAUGGAGCAUUAGCUGAAGCGAUACGGAUAUGGAAGAGCAACUUCGAUAAGGAAUUCCUAGGCGUUGAGGAGUGUCCCAUCUGUUACAGCAUCAUCCAUACCAGUAACCACAGUCUUCCUCGUCUUGCUUGCAAGACCUGCAAGCACAAGUUCCAUGGAGGCUGUCUCUACAAGUGGUUUUCAACCUCUCACAAAUCUACUUGUCCAUUGUGUCAAUCUCCAUUCUGAUCAAGAACAAAAGGAGCUGAAAUGUUCAUAUUUAUGUGGCUUUAAACUGGCCUGGAGUCGUGCACUCAUUGAUUUUCUGAUCGUAAAGGGCAUAUUUCCUCAACAAAUGGAAGUUGGCUAAGUCAAGAAUCAAGGCACACCUAGAUCAGAAUAAGAGUUGUAAGCUGGUUCCUCUGUCAUGUCAUGACCAUCAGCACCUUGUAGGAGCAUCAGAAUAUAUGAUCAUUUGCACUGCUCUAUUGGAGAGCCACACAUUUUUUAAGAUGUUGUCUUGGUGACUUGCGGCAGGUGUGUAGGGUUUUUUAUUUUUUAUCUCCUUUUUCUUUUAUUUAUAAAGCACAGGGGAGCAUUGUAGUUCUGAAGGCACAGUUUUCACUUUGAUAUAAACUAUUAUAGUUUCUACAUAACACAAAACUGACUAGUGUAUAGUAAAGGAAAAGAAGGUAAUUAUGAUUUUCUAGCCAAACUAUUUAAAUUGGAAGAAAUGGCAAUAGAGCUUGUAAUUACUGCCAA